AUGGACGUGUAAGUCCCGAGCUCCCUGCCGCCUAGCUACCAUUAGCCGUCUACCGACCACCAGCCUGCCUAAAUGGGGCGUACAAAAUGGCAAGAGACCCAGCAUACCCCCAGGGCACCUCCACCGGCACCGCCGUCAGGACCGAUGGACGGGUUCCUGCAAACCCCGCUGGGACCGAGCCGCGAGGCACACGGCUCCAAGAUGGCGCCCGUCUCCCCAGCCUCCUCCUGCUCGGAACCCGACCAGCCUACUCUGGCUGAUAUAGGAGCUGAGAUCAGACGAUUGGCGGCCAAUAUGGUCACCAAAGCCGACCUGCAGUCCCUCACAGCCACCCUCACGACCUCCCUCACGUCGGCAGUCUCAGCACUGCGAACAGAUAUGGAGGCACAAGAUGGACGCAUCCAAAUGCUGGAAACACAGGCCCUAGAAUCACAACGCCGUGCAACUGCUGCUGACACAGCCUUGACAAGGCAGGGCAACAUGCUGCUGGCCCAGCGCAGACAAAUAGAGGACCUAGAUAACCGGAGCCGCCGCUCAAACAUCCGGGUAAGAGGGGUACCAGAGGGUGAGGGGCAAGAAAAUGUAGAAGAGCUACUCACCGCGCUCUUCCUCCAAAUCCUGGGACCUGA